AAGCCUAUGACUAAAUUUUGUCCCCUAGGGAGAGGGGUCAGCGGCACCCAAAAAUUUCGGUAAAAUUUGCUAGCAAAAUAUUUUCAAGAAAUAGUCAAAUAGUAACAGAGGCUCUCGUACUAAUUUUUAUGAGCAUUAAUAAAGUUAUAUUUAAUGUAACAGUGCCUCAUGAAAGGAGGAAAUGAUUAGAUAUUUUAACCGUCGUAAUUAAUAAAAAAAAUUAUUUAACAUGUGAUGGGAGGAAAUGUUAUGCAAGUAACAUGAAGGAAGAUAUAUGCAAAAAAAAUUAUUUAACAUGUGAUGGGGUUUCUUUUCCUUUUUUCUAGGAGCAUAUAGUAGUCACUUUGGAGAUUUAUUAUUAAGGAAAGAAAAAUGAAGGAAAGUUUGAUACAGUUUUCCAGAAGAAUGAUAAGACUCCCAAACAUUCUAAAUGGGCGAUUGUAUUGCUCUCAUCCUUCAGCUUCUUCCCAACCUCCCAAUAACAAGCUCUUCGUCGCUGGUUUGUCAUGGUCUGUGGAUGAGAAGUCGCUCAACGAUGCAUUCUCUACUUUCGGGCAAGUAACAGAAGUAAGAAUAAUGUAUGAUAAAGAAACUGGCCGAUCAAGAGGCUUUGGGUUUGUUCACUUCUCAAAAGAUGAAGAGGCCAACUGUGCAAAAGACGCCAUGGACGGAAAGGCAUUUCUAGGUCGCCCCUUGAGGGUAAGCUUUGCCCUUGAAAAGGUUCGUGGUGCACCUGUCGUCGUCCCUCGACUUACAGGCGUUGGAAAUGGCGAUAAAUAAUUCUGUUUUUUGGAAGUGUCCUGGCAUUGAAGAGUGGUUUUCUGCUGCAUUUUUUUAGUUAAGUGAAUAUACCAUUUGUUACUGGAUCAAUGUACUUGAGUACUUCUAUGGACACUAAACAAAAGGCACUUGUUGCAUUCAAAAGCUACUAGGAAAUGAAGCAAGUGCUGAGGUAGUAUGGGUUGAAAAUCAUGUGUUAAUUUGAGUUAUACUAGUUAUACAUCCCUAAGAUACAAUGAGAAAAUCUUAUGAUGCAACCAGGAAAUUGUUACUGACUUGUAGCUUUUCUUCUUUUGGUCA